CUCCAUCCUUUGUGUGAACGGCCCCUAGGCUGCAGCCAGCACUACGGAGAAACCUCUCCACCCUUUCGCAUCACGGGAGGCUCUUGUGCUUGAGGGUGGUUCAGAGCUUACGUCUCGGCUGUUUGUUUUAGCUCACGUACGAGAUAAAAAACAGCCCUGCCUAGUCUCAGUAGAGUUUCAGCUUUUGCACCAAAAGUCACAGCCUCCCAGCAGAGCAAUGGCUCUCACGGUGAUUUUCCUGACUCCCUCCAUCUCUUGCAGCCUGAUUCUCAUCUCAGUCUUUGGCUGUGGGGAGUGUGUGGAGGUGACCGUACCACAAGAUCCAGUCAUGCAGCAGAGAGGUUCGAGUGUGGAGCUGCCAUGUCAUUACAAAACAUCCGUUGACAAAAACUUUGUGCUUGAAUGGAGGUUUGCCCCCGGCUCAACUCCUCACGACCAAGGGAAACAGAUUCUCUACUUCACAAAUAAUAAGCUGUACAAACCAGGCUCCCAGAGUGAACGGCUAAGCCUCCUUCAAGAUCUUCCCACGUUGGGUGAUGCUUCCAUCCAGCUGACUGACUUGCACGCAUCCGAUGCCGGCACCUAUAUCUGCGAGGUGAACAAUCCCCCGGACUUCUAUGGAACGAGCGUUGGGCUCAUCCAGCUCACAGUUUUAAUGCCUCCAUCCACUCCAGUGUGCAAAGGGACCACUUCUGCUUCCGUGGGUUCAGACGCCCACCUGACCUGCAAUUCUUCCGAAGGUGUGCCUUCGCCAACUUAUUCCUGGACACGGCUGGAUACCAAGACUCCGCUACCUCUGUCCAAUAUGGUGCAAGAUGACAAAACAGGGAAUCUGUGGCUGAGAAACAUCUCACUCGCAUUCUCUGGAAUGUAUCAAUGUCUUGCCUCCAAUGAGUUUGGACAACAGAAAUGCGAGCUCACCAUUCAGGUGACAGGCACUGCGGAAGCUGGAGUGAUUGCAGGAGCUGUCAUAGGGGUCCUCUUAGCGCUCCUGUUGCUCUGUGGAAUAGUCCUCUGGUUCUUACGCUUUAGGAAGCAGAAGGAGAAGAAGACGACCCAAUCCAUAUACAGCGGGAAUGAAAUCAGGGAAGAUGCCACAGCUCCAGGAAUCUCUGAGGCCUCUCUGCAGGGAGAAAGCCAGCCAGAAAAUCAUCUUCUGGAAAACAUAUCUAGCAGGCCUGCAUCUACUACCAGCACUACCAAAUCCCAGCUCAAUAAUUUUCUUGUCUAAGGUUGCUCUGUGACUGUGGGGUGGGUUUGUUGUCGCUUUACAGCAUUUUGUUUUACUGCACGAAGAACAUUUCCUCUGAAGAUGUUUAGGACAUCCUUCAAAGGGUGUCCUAAACUGCCCCUAAUCUGCUUGCUGCAUUGUUAAAACUUGAAUUAGAUUUCUGAGAGCUCCUCCAGAAUAGAGGUGGUGGAGAAAUUCUAUUCAUUUUGCAUUUCAACCUACCUUAUUUUCACUUUCCAAAACAAUAUGCAAACCGAGACACAGACAUCCUUUCAAAUUCUCAUGUCUCUGAAUUUUGCAAGGUCGUUCUCCAGCAAAGUAAUGUGUACAAAAAUGAAUAUACCAGGGUAAAGUACAUCUUUGUGUAAAACACAUAUGAAAAUGCAUCAUAUUUGGGGGCUAUUGUCUUGCAAAAAUGUGUCUACUAGGCAAAAUUGCAAACAAAAAUAUGUAUAAUUCACACUAAAAUGCUGGUGAAUUUUCAUAAUAACUUCUAGCUACUUCCUUCAAGAGCUGUGGCUCAACUUCAGUUGCCCCUUUCUCCAAUCAGAGUUUUUAGUGUAGUUUACUAUGACUCCUUAAGCUUCCCUGCUAGGUAGCACUGAACACUAGCUUUUCUAUGGACUUCCUACCCUUAGAAUUUAGCUCCUGUGUUGUGAAAUUUCCCAGGACUUGGAGACAGUGACCUUACACUGCUGUGCAAUCUGCUGUAGCUUUCCAGCUGGACUAACUGAUCUGUGCUCGAAAGUUGUUCGGAAAAGGCAGUUCCUUUGGAACAUGGGAGCCAGACUUCUUUUUAGUGUGAAAUGCGGGGAGCAUUUAAACUUUGAUUCUGUAUUUGUCCAUUUGUUUCUGGGUUCCUUAUGCAUCCCUUUUGGGAACACCCUUUUUUCAUCCUGAGGGCUGCAUUUGCUUCUAGGCAACUUCCUGAGGGCCACAUGCUGGUGGGUGGAGCCAGAAUCAGAAGUGAGUUGAGCAAUAAAUGCUAGUGGACCAACCACCCGCCUCUAUCCUCCAUACAGGCCAACAAGAGGCAUUAUCGGAGUUCAAGGGCACAGUCUAGCCAGUCAAAUGCCUUCAAGGAGGGUGCAAAGCAGGGCCAUUAAAGAUGUAGCCAUGGAGAGGGGGGUGUUAGCCUGGGGAGAGUUCCAAGGGCCACAUGGAGAGACCUGGAAGUCUGCCUUUGGCCCUUGGACCAAAGGUUCUCCAUCCCUGCUUUAUGGUCUUAGUCCAGGCUAUUUGAGAGAGUGCCUUCUCCCAUAAGUACCUCUCUGCUCUGAGUCACUGAGACUCUUCUGGUCGUUCCCACAGUGUAUUUCACUGACAAUGACUUCCAGUCAGGCUUUUUCAAUGAUGGCUACUAAGCUUUGGAACUUGAAACAGGUUCAUGUUGCAGGGUGCCAGAUAAUCCAGGAAUUUUCUCCUUUAAAGCACACUGUUAAUAUGUUUUUGUUGUAUUCAUAGGCUAUUUAUGGUCAGGUUCAUGCAUCAAUGCUCUGGAUUUCUCUCAUCGUGUGUUUCCACUACCAUUGUUCUGAUUCUAUAUUUUGUGUUGUUCCUUUUUUAAAAAACCAUUUCCUUACCAUGAAGAUUGCUGCAUGAAGUUUGAGUUAACCAAGCCCCACCCCCCAAAAAAUAAACAAUGGAUGUCU